AUGAAAUGUAUGAAUUUUCCUGCGAAGUGGAUAGACUGGAUGUCUUGUUGUUUAUCUUCUGCAACCACAUCUAUUCUUGUUAACGGUAGUCCAGUUGAUCUGAUUGACCUAAAGAGAGGUGUGCGUCAGGGUGACCCUAUUUCUCUGUAUCUUUUUGUUUUCGCCGUCGAGGGUCUGAAAUGCAUCCUGGAUAGAUCAAUGGAUUUGGGAUUUACUCAAGGUUUUUCUUAUUCGGAUAGUCACGAUCCAAUCUCGAUGCUUCAGUUCGCGGAUGACACCAUUCUUUAUAUCCCUUAUGAUAUUGAGCAGUUGAAAAAUAUGACGCCUGCGCAGGUUGUUGGCUGCAGGAUAGAUUCUUUUCCAAUGAAAUAUUUGGGUCUUCCGCUUACUUACAGGAAGUUAUCUUGUGGCUCUUGGGAUUAUGUUAUUGAGCGUAUUCCUAGAGUGGUCGAGACUCAGUUGGAAUCUUACAUGGUGCGCUUCCUUUGGAAAGGAGAUGUUAAUUCGCGGGUUCUUAGCAAGGUUUCUUGGGGUGUUAUUUGUAAAGAUUUCAAUAAAGGAGGCCUUGGAAUUUCUAAACUUAACAUUAGAAAUAAAAGCCUUUUGUUUAAAUGGAUUUGGAAAUUAAGGAUGAAUAAUAAGAACUCACUUUGGUUUAACGUCACUUCGUGUUGCUCGAAUGUGGUCGAUUGGGAUUGCUUACUGAAUGGAGAUGUCAAAAAAAUGUCUUUUAUUUGGAAAGGAAUUAGAAAGUCUUGUUGCAAUGAUUUAAAUGCUUGGGGUAUUUUUGUGGCAAAUCUGAAAUAUAGUGUUGGAGUUGGUGAUUCUGUGUCCCUUUGGCAUGAUAAUUGGAUGUGUAAUGGUCCGGCUUGCAAUUUGUAUCCAAGACUUUAUAAUCUCUUAAACCAAAAAUGA